AGGGGAUUUCUGAGAGCAAAGGUACUGCAAACUGGACCGGUAUCAGAGGUUUCUUUCGAAGUGAGUGGAGAUAUAAACGAGCGACGAGGAUUUAGCUUAUUAGAUUUUAUCAUAGGCCAGCAUGUUCCAUCUUUUGAAAGCAUGUGGAACUCUUGACCAUGUAGGGCCAGCUGCCUUUAGCAAGUGCCCAUGGGGAGAGAGUAUCAAACAAGGGUUUCAGACAUGCACAAGACUGAGGUGUCAACCUAAAGGACAAGAGAAGGGAAAAGAAACAGAAACAGUUAAAGGCAUUCCAUACUCUAAAAUAAGUGUGGGUGUUCCCAAGGAAGUCUUUCAGAAUGAAAAGAGGGUUUCUUUAACUCCAGCUGCUGUAACUGCUUUGACAAAGAAAGGAUUCACCGUGAAGGUUGAGGAAAAUUCUGGAGUUGGUUCAAAGUUCUUGAACUCUGCCUAUGAAGAAGCAGGUGCUAAAAUUACAGACUUGAAAUCAACUUUCGAUUCUGACAUUAUACUCAAAGUACGAGGACCAUUAAACAAAGAAAUAGACUUGUUUAGAGAUAAAGGAACACUAAUAAGUUUUUUGUAUCCUGCUCAAAACAAAGACCUGGUGGACAUGUUGGCCAAGAAACAGAUGACAGCUUUUGCCAUGGAUGCUAUCCCACGUAUUAGCCGAGCUCAAGUUUUUGAUGCUCUUAGCUCCAUGGCAAACAUUGCAGGAUACAAAGCUGUUGUUGAAGCAGCUAACCACUUUGGAAGAUUUUUCACUGGUCAAAUAACUGCAGCAGGAAAAGUCCCUCCUGCAAAAGUGUUGGUUAUAGGAGGUGGUGUUGCUGGUCUUGCAGCAAUAGGAACAGCCAAAAGCAUGGGAGCUAUAGUUCGUGCUUUUGACACCAGGGCAGCUGUCAAGGAGCAAGUUGAAUCUUUUGGAGCUGAAUUUUUAGAAUUAAACGUAAAGGAAUCUGGUGAAGGAGUGGGUGGUUAUGCAAAGGAAAUGUCAAAAGAGUUUAUUGAAGCUGAGAUGGAAUUAUUUGCUAAACAGUGUAAAGAAAUUGAUGUACUAAUCACCACAGCUCUUAUACCUGGAAAGCCAGCUCCAAAACUUAUUUCAAAGGAAAUGGUAGAGUCAAUGAAACCUGGAUCAGUUAUUGUUGACUUGGCUGCAGAAGCAGGUGGAAAUGUUGCCACAAUCAAACCUGGUGAAGUUAGUGUGUACAAUGAUGUAAUUCAUAUAGGAUAUACAGACUUGCCUAGUCGUCUUCCUACUCAGUCUUCUACACUAUAUGCCAACAACAUCUCAAAGUUUCUUAUGUCCAUAGGUUCAAAAAACCAUUACCAUAUAGACCUAGAAGAUGAAGUAGUUAGAGGAUCAAUCGUCCUACAAGAAGGCAAACUUUUGUGGCCACCACCACCACCAAAAGUAGAACCCAUUCAGGAGGCAGCACAACCUCCUGUUGCUGUUGAGAAACCUAAACCUCCUGAGCCAAACUACUUCAAUAUCACUCUGAAAGACUCACUGAAGUAUACUUCAGGUCUUGGAGUUCUUGUUGGCCUUGGAACUCUUUCUCCAAAUUCUGAUUUCACUACCAUGACUACAACGUUUGGUCUUGCAGGCAUUGUGGGUUAUCACACUGUUUGGGGAGUCACUCCAGCCUUACAUUCACCCCUUAUGUCUGUAACAAAUGCCAUUUCUGGAAUUACUGCAGUGGGAGGAUUGGUAUUAAUGGGAGGAGGAGUCAUGCCAAGCAACACAAUUGAAACCCUGGCAGCCACGGCUGCUUUCAUCUCCACCAUCAACAUCUGUGGUGGUUUCCUUGUAACCAAAAGGAUGCUGGAUAUGUUCAGACGACCCACAGAUCCCCCAGAAUACAACUAUCUUUAUGGAAUCCCAGGUCUUGCUUUUGUUGGUGGCUAUGCAGCAGCUGCAGCUGCUGGUUACUCUGAGAUACACCAGAUGGCUUACUUGGGUUCAUCUCUGUGCUGUGUUGGGGCUUUAGCAGGGUUAUCCUCCCAAUCUACUUCUCGAUUAGGAAAUUCUCUUGGGAUGCUUGGAGUCAGUGGAGGAAUUGCAGCCACCUUAGGAACAAUGAAUAUCUCCCCUGAGCUGGCUAUGCAGAUUGGAGCUUGUAUGGGUGCAGGAGGAGGUAUUGGGUUGUAUAUUGCCAAGAAGAUAGAAAUUACAGACUUGCCUCAGUUAGUAGCAGCCUUCCACAGUCUAGUAGGCCUUGCUGCUGUGCUUACUUGCUUUGCCACAUACUUAGUAGAUUUUCCUCACUUUGCAACUGACCCCGCAGCCAAUGCAAUCAAGACAGCUUUAUUCUUAGGGACCUACAUUGGUGGAGUGACAUUUAGUGGUUCACUUGUUGCUUAUGGAAAACUUCAAGGAAUUCUUGAUUCUGCACCACUACUGUUGCCUGGGCGUCAUGCUCUCAAUAGUACUCUUCUUGGAGGUAAUGUUGCAGCACUUAUCUGGUACAUGAUGAGUGACAGUCAGAGUGUUGGAUUGAGCAUGCUGGGAACUACCACUGCUUUGUCCACAAUAAUGGGUGUUACACUUACAGCUGCCAUUGGAGGAGCUGAUAUGCCUGUGGUGAUCACAGUGUUGAACAGUUACUCUGGUUGGGCCCUCUGUGCAGAAGGGUUUAUGUUAAAUAAUACCCUCAUGACUAUUGUGGGAGCUUUGAUUGGUUCUUCUGGUGCAAUCUUGUCCUAUAUCAUGUGCAAGGCUAUGAAUAGGUCUCUACCUAAUGUGAUCCUUGGUGGCUAUGGUACAUCUAGCACUGGUACAGGUAAACCGAUGGCUGUGACAGGAACUCACACUGAGGUCAACAUUGAUCAGACUGUUCAGCUGAUCCAAGAAGCUAAAAACAUCAUCAUUACACCUGGCUAUGGUUUAUGUGUUGCUAAAGCUCAAUAUCCUAUUGCCGAGAUGAUUAGUGUUUUGAAAGAGAAGGGAAAAAAUGUAAGAUUUGGCAUCCAUCCAGUAGCAGGUCGUAUGCCUGGUCAGUUAAAUGUCUUGCUUGCCGAGGCUGGAGUACCAUAUGACAUUGUGCUAGAAAUGGACGAGAUCAAUGAUGAUUUCCCUGAAACUGAUUUGGUCCUUGUAAUUGGAGCCAAUGAUACAGUGAACUCAGCUGCAGAAGAAGAUCCAAACUCUAUAAUUGCUGGUAUGCCAGUUCUUCGAGUUUGGUUAUCCAAACAAGUUAUUGUCAUGAAAAGAACCUUGGGUGUUGGAUAUGCAGCUGUGGACAACCCCAUUUUCUACAAACCAAACACUUCAAUGUUGUUGGGAGAUGCAAAGAAAACGUGUGAUGCACUACUAGCCAAUGUCCUCAAAUCUUAUGAAUCUUGAGAAUUAUUAGUUUGUUAAAAUCCUUGACAUUUUGACUGUUUAUUGUAUGGUAGAAUGAAAGAUGGAAAUAGUUUUUAUAUACAACUCAAAAUAGAUGAUCUGCAAUUUUAUAUUCAAGUACUUGGAUGUGUAGGAUUUACAUUUAUAUCUCAGACAGCAUCAAGAUCACCAGAAGAAAUUUUGUAUUGAGUUUUAUGGUGUACCUGUAGAAAACCUUACUUCAGUUAUGUAAAAUUUUUGAAAUAAUAGGUUACUUAUUAGCUAUUUUGAGUUUUUUUUUCCUUUAUAGAAUAUUCUAUAUGUUCAGAAUUUUUCAAAAAGGUGCCUUUGUAAUCAAAACAUGCCAGCCUAAAUUUCUUUAGGAUCCAAGUUUUAGUUCUUGUAGUAUGAAAAUCAAACCAAUGUUGCUAUUAUAUGAUAAAAACUAUGAUUCACUAUUCAUCUGUUAGUUUUCUAAUUAGUAGUCUGUCAUGUUCUGUUAGGGACAAAGUUUAAAAAAUGUUUUAUGUUAAAAAAUUCCUUUUAAAUUGUCAGAUAAAUAAAUUACAUCUAUUGUUGUUUUUUUCUCUUCUAGGUAUAUGUAUUACUUUUUAUAGGAACCUUUUUUUUUUUUAGAGAGUAUGCAAAAAACAUAACUAAUGUAUAGGUAUAUAAACAAGUCAUUGCCUAAGGUAACGAAUGUAACAACAGUUACUUUUGGACGUUUUUAUUAACACAUCUAUUGGAGUACAACCUUAAAACAUAUUGGAAAUUUUCCCAUGAUGGUGUACAAAAAUGUACUUAUACCAGACAAGUAAGUUUAAUUAGAUUUUUUUUAAACUUCUUGAAAUUCCUCUUUAAUUCUUAAAAUUGGAAGAAGAAUUUUUAACAUUUACUUCACUGGUGAUUAAUGUCACAGCAAAUAAUUUAAACUUAAAGAAAAUAAAGGUACAAUAUUUUCCUUGAAAAUUUUUAGCCCUACGUUUGUCAUUAAGGAAUAGCAACAUGUACAUGUCUUACAAAUAUUUGGAUAUAUAUGUCAUAUGCACACACACACACACAUACUAUUUUCAAAAUGCAAUAAAAUAUUAGAAAUAAUAUUUUGAAUGAUUGAGGAAGAAAGAUAUUUGGAGUAUUAUUUCUUUAUAAAAUCAAAAUAACAAGACACAUUUGUUCAAAGAAAUCUUCACGAAAAAUGAUAGAUUAACAGUAACUUUAUCAAAACAUUAAGGAAACUUAAAUAUUCCUUCAUAGAUUUAACAUUCUUUAGUUUUUUAUAAGUUUUCCUUUCAAAGUAAAAUAACUUUUAUAUAAAAAUUGUUGAACAACUUUUGUAUACUACCACAGAUUGUACCAAAAGUAGGAUAAUUACCACAUUGAAGCAAAGCUAGUUUUAUAGUUUUUUGUUUUAUCUUUUGCCAAUUUUUGUUAUGUUUUACCAUGUGUGAAGUAAAAAAAGUUAUUUUUUGGGUUAUAUUAGCUAUUGUAAUUUAAUUAUUUUGUACACCAAAUAUUUUAUUAGAAAAUUUAAGAAACUGUGGAUGAGUUAAUUAUUACAUUGGGUUUCAAAUUUAAUACUUGUUUCUAUGUUCUUAAAAACUGGUACCUUUCAGAUUGUAAACAGCAGUUUGUAAACUGAAUACAUCUAUGGUCACCUUGAGUAUGUAUAUAAAGCUUCAGAGAAGAUUUGGCUAGAUAAAAAUACUUGAAUAGUAUUAGAUAAGAAGUCAGUGUUAAGUUUUACUGUUGACCUCAUUAUCUUUAGAAACUCAACCGUUUUUACAGCCAUGAGUUGUAUGAAUAUCUUUAAAAGAUGAAUUAAUUCUGCUGUACUCGCAGAUUCAUGGUUACAUGGCUAGGACAAGUAGUUACUAGAAUGUGGUUCUUUAGGUAAAUAAAGUAAAUAUUGGAAUAUUU